CAUGAGCGAGCAGAGCCAUGUCAACAGCCUGUUCCUCAACGAGGAUGCAGCCAAGCGGCUCCACGCCGACAGCCGGGUGCAGCAGUUCCGGCAGGCUGUGCAGAAGCGGGCGGCGCGGGCCAAGAAGCGGAUGCACAGCAUCACUGCUGAGAGUGCUAAAUGCUUCUUCAGGAGAAAUGCCUUUGUCCUCUUCACCAUUGCUGCGGUCCUACUAGGGAUUAUCCUGGCCUUCUCCCUCCGGCCCUACCAGCUGACCUAUCGCCAGAUCAAGUAUUUCUCCUUCCCUGGUGAGCUGCUGAUGCGUAUGCUCCAGAUGCUGGUUCUUCCUCUCAUUGUCUCUAGCUUGAUUACAGGAAUGGCCUCACUGGAUAGCAGAGUCUCAGGGAAGAUGGGGAUGCGGGCUAUUAUCUACUACAUGGUGACCACAAUCAUAGCUGUCUUCAUCGGCAUCUUCAUGGUGAUCAUCAUACACCCAGGAAAAGGAUCUAAGGACAAACUUCACCGAGAAGGCAGAAUUGAGCAGGUGCAGACCACAGAUGCCUUCAUGGACUUGGUGAGGAAUAUGUUCCCGCCCAACCUGGUAGAAGCCUGCUUCAAACAGUACAAGACUCAGUACAGCACCAGGGUCUUCACCAGAACCAUCCUCCACAGCAGCAAUGUCACAGCAGGUGUGACAACCACUCAGAUGCCCAUGCCUGAGAAUUUCACCAGCAUCAUGGAGAAUGUCACUCAUGCCCUGGGAACCAUCUCCGAGGUGCUGACCUUUGAAGAAGUCAUUCCCAUCCCAGGCUCAGCCAAUGGGGUGAACGCUCUGGGGCUGGUAGUGUUCUCCAUGUGCUUCGGUUUGAUGAUCGGCAGCAUGAAGCAGAAGGGACGGGCCCUGCGGGAGUUCUUUAACUGCCUCAACGAAGCCAUCAUGAGGCUGGUGGCCAUUAUCAUCUGGUAUGCUCCAGUUGGGAUCAUGUUUUUAAUUGCGGGCAAAAUCCUGGAGAUGGAUGACCUAGCAGUGAUGGGAGGCCAGCUGGGGAUGUACACGCUCACUGUCAUCGUUGGACUCCUCAUUCAUGCCCUUUGCAUCCUGCCCCUGCUCUACUUCAUUGUCACUCACCGAAACCCCUGGGUGUUCAUUGCAGGGCUCCUGCAGGCUCUCAUCACGGCCCUGGGCACCUCCUCCAGCUCAGCGACUCUGCCCAUAACCUUCAGGUGCCUGGAAGAAAACAAUGGUGUGGACAGGCGCAUCACGAGGUUUGUGCUGCCUGUGGGAGCCACAAUUAACAUGGACGGCACUGCUCUGUACGAGGCCCUUGCAGCCAUCUUCAUUGCCCAAGUCAACAACUAUGAACUUGACUUUGGGCAAAUCAUCACAAUAAGCAUCACUGCCACGGCAGCCAGCAUCGGAGCUGCAGGUAUUCCCCAGGCAGGACUGGUGACAAUGGUUAUAGUACUGACAUCAGUGGGGCUGCCUACUGAAGAUAUUACGCUGAUCAUCGCUGUGGACUGGUUUCUGGACCGCCUUAGAACAACUACCAACGUUCUGGGAGAUUCUCUGGGAGCUGGCAUUGUGGAGCAUCUCUCCCGGCAAGAGCUGGAUGCACAAGACUGCGAACUUGGUAAUUCUGGGAUAGAGGAGAAAGAACAGCUCUCCCACCUGGUUUGCCCACAGAAUGACACCCACAGGCACUCCAGAAGGGAGACAGCACUGUGA